UUUGUUUUCGACUUGUUCUUGUCGUCAACCUACGGGUAACUUAAAAGAGAUAAAACUUGAACACACAAAAUACGAAACCCUAAUUCUCUAAACAACCAAACAAUGGCAUCGGCGAAGCGAUGCCAUUACGAAGUUCUCGGUAUCUCUCGCGACUGUUCACCGGACGAAAUCCGAUCAUGUUACCGGAAACUCGCCCUCCAACGCCACCCAGACAAGCUCGUCAAAUCAGGCCUAUCUCAAUCCGAAGCCACCGCUCAAUUUCAGGAGCUACAACAUGCUUACGAGGUUCUCUCUGAUCCAAAAGAACGCGCUUGGUAUGAUUCUCACCGUUCUCAAAUCCUCUUCUCCGAUCCAAAUUCUCAUUCUAAUUCCGUUGUACCUGACCUUUUCUCGUUUUUCUCAAACACUGUGUUUUCUGGUUAUUCCGAUUCCGGUAAGGGUUUUUACAAGGUUUAUUGUGAUGUGUUUGAUAAAAUUCAGGCGAAUGAGAUUAAUUUUGCUAAGAAAUUAGGUAUUGGAAUUGAUUCUGUUAAACAAGCUCCUCUUAUGGGGAAUUUGGAUAGUCCUUAUGCUCAGGUUACCGCUUUUUAUAGUUAUUGGUUGGGAUUUUCGACGGUUAUGGAUUUUUGUUGGGUGGAUGAGUAUGAUGCGAUGGCUGGUCCGAAUAGGAAAUCACGGAGGUUGAUGGAGGAAGAGAAUAAUAAGGUGAGGAGGAAGGCUAAGAGGGAGUAUAAUGAUACUGUGAGGAGGUUGGCUGAUUUUGUGAAGAAGAGGGAUAAGAGAGUGAUUGAUAUGAAGGUGAAGAAGAAUUUGGAGGAAGAGAAGAAGAAAGAGGAGGAGAAAGAGAGGAAGAGGAAGUUGGAGUUGGAGAAGAAGGAGAGGGCUAUGGCUUAUGAGGAGCCUGAUUGGGCUAAGGUUGAUGAGGAAGAGGAUUUGUUUGAGGAUGAUGAGUUUGAGGAGAAGAAAGAUGAGAAGGAGUUUUAUUGUGUGUUGUGUGGAAAGAAGUUUAAGAGUGAGAAGCAAUGGAAGAAUCAUGAGCAGUCGAAGAAACAUAAGGAGAAAGUUGCUGAGUUUAAGGAUUCGCUUGAUGAUGAAGAGGAGUUAAAAGCCGAGUUGGAUGAGGAAAGUGAAAUUGAAAGAGAAGGAGCUGGAGAGGAGAGAUUAGCAAGUGAGGAGGAUGGAUUUGAGGUUGAUGAUUUGGAGGAGAGGAAUCGAGAUGGUCUUAAUGUUGCAGAAGAGGAUGCAAAUGGGGUUGAACUGAAUGAUGAUGGUGACGAUGAUGAAUUUUUUGAUGCGGCAAAUGCAAAAGAGGGAGAGGAGGCUGGUGUAUCAGUUGAUUUUGAUGUUAAUGACGACAACGAUGAUGAUGAAGAUGGUGAAAAUGAUGUUCUUGAAACAACGGUGUUUGGGCACAGGGGCAGAGUUGAUUUUGACGAGAAUGAAGAUGAAGGUGAUGAAACUGAUAUUCUUGAAGCAAUGUUGGCUGGGCGCAAGAGCAGAAAAUCUGGUGCUUCAAUACACAAGCCCACAGCUUCUGUAACUCCAGCUCAAAUUGAUAGUGAGAAUGAGAACGAUGGGGUUGGUGCUAUGGAAUAUAACAACCGAAAGCCCACAAGAAAGAAACGUAGAGCCAAGAAAGAGAAGGGUGGCAAAAAUGGGGAUGGUUCUUGUGUGCCUGAAAAUGGCAAACAUGAAAAUAUGAACAGUAAUGGAAAUGACGAUUCCUAUGCACAAGAGUCUAGUUCUCAAAAUUUCGACGAAAUUGGUGGUAAAGAAAAUGAGCAGGUGGGUAGAGAUAAGAAGAUUUCAAAUCAACCUGUUGAUAAAAAAGGAACUUCAAAGGACACAAAGUCCAAAGCAAAAAUUUCAUCCAAAGGAAAAAAGGCAAAGAAUACUUCGAAGAAUCUUGGCCAUUUUUGUGAGACGUGUGAAAUGGAGUUUGAAUCAAGGAAUAAAUUACAUAAGCAUCUGGGUGAGUCUGGGCAUGCGGCAAUUAAAGGUCGAUAAGGAAAAUACAGCAAUGAUUAAUCAUUUCAAAUGUAUCAUCGAGUGGUUUUUCCAGGUCCACCAGAUAUCGAACAACUGCAAUUUUUGGUCCAUUCUCUAAUUUUUACUAUUGUGUUUAGAUAAAUUGUAACUCAGGCUUCAGCAGAGAGCAUUUGUUAUUUAUGCCAGAGUUCAUAACGGUAUCGAUACAGGGUAUAUCCAAAUCUCAAUAGAAAUCACCCUCUGUAUGUCAACAACAUUUUGAUCAAUCAUAUCUCCCAAACAAAACAUGUGUUCAAAUAGCCAAUAUUAUGGUUUUAGACUUUUAGAGUGACCAGAUGGAGUUCAUUCUAUGUUCUGUAACAAUAGUGAAAUAGAAUUUUACAGGCACAAGAUUGGAAGUCUAUGAAGAUAGUUUAUGGAUUUCAAUUGGAUCCAGAUCUAUAUUGGGUUCACACAAA